AUCAUUCAAAUACCUGUCCCUUUGUUUCUCUGUUAGCAGAAAUGUCGAUAGUAAGUGGCGAAGGAGGAGUUGUAGUUAAGAUAAGGACUAACCCAGACGUGUUCUGGAAUCAUAUUCAACACUCCAAAAAAUAUUUUCCUAAAGCUGCUAAGACACUAUAUUCAUCAAUUACAUCAGAUUCCAAAAAAUGUAAUGUGCGCUAUGUCACGUAUGGCCCAAGGGCUGAGAAUAUAAAAAACUCCACUGAGAUUAUCACCAAAAACGAUGGAGGAGAGUUCGCUUACACUGUAACUGGUGAUAUUCUCACUAAGUUUUCAUUAACCGAGUUCAAAGCUGUAAUACGUUACCCAAGAGGCGGAUGGGUGUCAUGGACCUGGACCUAUAAAUAUUCUUCAAAUGACGAAGAAGAUGCUAUUAGUGUUGACAAAGAGAUGUCAGAGAUUGCAACGGAGACCCUGGCAAAAGUUGAUUACUAUGUUCAAAGUGAAUCUGCUAAUUUUGCUGCUGCUGCUAAAUUGCAAGCACAGGCGUCUUAAAGCAUACAUAUACAUAGCACGUAAAUAAAACAGAGCCCUGUUCUCUGCACCCGUCAAUCCAUGCAUGUUUGCUAGGUUAUGAGUAUGCAUGUGUUUCUGUGUUACGUACUGCUUGUGGCAUAGUAAAUAAAGAAGAGCGCUAUGCUUAUAAACUUAAUGCUCUGCACUUGUGUAUUUUUCUUAAUUAUAAUACAAUCCAGCUUUAGCUGCUUCAUAUA